AUGUUAGAAAGUGUAUCUCGUAGAACAUUCGGUGGCUCCAGUGGAACAUAUAAUGUAAGAGCUUCUGAGCUGGCUCGUGAUAGAGGCAGGUUGAAAACACUAAAUGUGACUGUAGUGUUUCUGGAUGAUACUCAACAUUCGUUUCAGUUAGACAAACAUGCUAAAGGAAACGUUCUUCUCGAAUGUGUUUUCCAACAUUUGGAACUGAUUGAGAAAGAUUACUUUGGCUUACAAUUCACUGAAAAUGGAUCAGCUCCGUCGCUAUCUAACACCCAUCUCACGAAAUGGCUGGAUCCCAACAAAGCGGUUAAAAAACAAGCUCGAGGAGGAUGUUUCUAUUUCAAAGUUAAAUUUUACGUGACUGAUCCGAGUAAAUUACAAGAAGAAUAUACUAGAUAUCAUUUCUACUUACAAGUACGAAAGGAUAUUCUUCAGGGUAAAUUGUUAGUGUCUCCAAGCACAGCAUGUCUAUUAGCGAGUUACACCGUUCAAUCCGAGCUGGGAGAUUAUCAAAUAGAAGAACUGGAACCAAAUUAUCUCUCGGGAAUGGUUUUGGUUCCUGGACAAACAGAAGAAAUGGAGCGAAAAAUAUCAGAAUUGCAUAAAAUGCAUAAAGGACAGACUCCCGCUGACGCUGAAUUCAAUUUUCUCGAUCAUGUGAAACGUCUAGAAACAUAUGGAGUAGAUUUACAUAGAGCUAGAGAUUCUUCCAAUAAAGAACUUCAACUUGGAGUUACCGCCAAUGGACUCGUCGUCUUCCAAAACAAUAUUCGUAUUAACACGAUUUCUUGGGCCAAAAUAGUUAAAAUAUCGUUCAAAAGAAAACAGUUUUUCGUCCAGAUACGUAGAGAGCCUAGUGAAAAUUACGAUACAUUAUUAGGAUUCAAUAUGUUAACGUACAGAUCAUCAAAAAAUCUAUGGAAGUCGUGUGUCGAACAUCAUACGUUUUUCAGAUUAGAUUCGCCUCAUGUAAUUCGAAAAUUAAUCCCCACAGCUCUUCGGUUAGGUUCUAAAUUUCGUUAUUCUGGUCGUACGGAAUUUCAAACAUUGGAAGAAAGCAGACAAGGCAGAUCUCAGCGUCAUUUUUUCAGAACUACUUCCAAAGUUGGUACACGUCAUUCCGUGAUGCCUACGAUUGAAGAAAAAACUAAGUCAUUGAUUUCAUCUGGUCUAAAUACUCGAGCUCAAGAAAAAGUGAUUGGAAAUUGGGAAAAUUCUCGACAAACUUGGGGUGAAACUUCAUCUCCGCAUCCUUCCGACGAUGAAGGCGGAUUUUUGGAUCGUCAAAAUGGUACCUCAGAGGAAACAAAAAUUGCUGCGUUUUCGCCUAUAUUACCAUCUAGAACAGUUAUAAGUUACGUUGAUGAUGAUACCACCGAUUCUUUGACCGAAAGAAGUCAUCAUGCUCCGGGUAGUCUGUACGAUAUUCCAAAUUACGAAACGCCAGUUCCUCAGGUGGAAGAAAAUAUAGUGUGUAUUAAACUUACUCCUGAUGAUCAAGGUAGAUUCGGGUUCAACGUCAAGGGUGGGUCAGAUUUGAAUAUGCCAAUUCUGGUUUCAAGAGUUGCACCGAAUACUCCGGCGGAUCGCUGUUAUCCAAAAUUAAACGAGGGAGAUCAAGUGCUUAUGAUCAAUGGAUGUAGUAUCAGUGGUCUCGAACACGAUCAAGUGGUGAAAUUAAUCAGAGCAGCCAGAGAUGCGCAACCAAGAACAGAAUUGACUCUUACUGUCAAACAGAACGUUAUGUACGAGCCGGGUGGUCAAGAAGAACCUCCGUAUCAAUAUGUACCUGAGUCGCCUUUAUCUGAGAUGCAAAGAGGUGCUGGAGCCUUAGAACAGUCGAUGCUUUUACUGGCCGAUGGCUUGGCAAGUGGAGCUUUGGUGGCGCAGUUCGAACAACUGUAUCGUAAAAAGCCCGGAAUGAAUUGUAACGAAUCGAAAAAAAGUGAAAACAUCAAUAAAAAUAGAUAUCGCGAUAUUUCUCCUUAUGAUGCGACCCGAGUGGUAUUAAAGAAUGGCCAAGACGGUGAUUAUAUAAAUGCAAAUUAUGUUAAUAUGGAAAUCCCAGGAUCUGGUAUAAUUAAUCGAUACAUCGCUACUCAAGGUCCGUUGCAAAAUACAAUAAACGAUUUCUGGCAAAUGACGUUGGAAGCACAAAGUACCUUAAUCGUUAUGGUUACCACACUAAUGGAAAGAGGACGCUCGAAAUGCGCUAAAUACUGGCCGUCCGUUUCAGAAAUAUUAGAACUAGGGCCGACUCUUCGUCUGAAAACAACGAAAGAAGAAUCAGAUCCGACCAGUAGUUUUGUAUUUCGUGAAUUCGUGCUAUGGGAUACGAAAAGCGGCGAAUCUCGUGAAAUUACCCAAAUGCAGUACUUAGCAUGGCCGGACCAUGGAGUACCGGAUGAUAUCAGCAGAUUUUUAACGUUUACCGAACACGUACGCCGGGCUCGAGCAGGAAUGGUCGAACCAACCAUUGUACAUUGUUCGGCUGGUAUCGGACGUACAGGCGUUUUGAUUUUAAUGGAGACGGCGAUGUGCCUUAUAGAAGCUAACGAACCAGUUUAUCCGUUAGAUAUCGUUAGACAAAUGAGAGAUCAACGGGUGAUGAUGAUUCAAACUCCUAGUCAGUAUCGAUUUGUGUGCAGCUGUGUACACUAUGCUUACACAGAAGGGCUUGUGAAACCUUUGGCGGAAUUUUUAAGGUGAUUUAAUCGAUACGUUUUAUUACGAAACAUGCAGCGAUGGUGUGAUACUCUUUUUUAAUUUUAAUUUCUUUUUAAGUAUUAUCGAAUUGAAAUUGUUUACGUUAUUUCAUAAAAGGAAGCAUUUUUGAAUCGGCGUACUAGUCUUGAAAAUAAUAUAUUACUUAUUAUAAUAUUAUUACUGAAGCGAGCGUAUUUAUCGGGAAAUUACGUGCGAGUGUGAAUAUUUCGAAUGGUUAAUUUUUCUUUCUAUGUUUCUCUUUUAUUUUCUGCGAGAUCUGUUAGGUUUCUGAACAUGUUCGUUUUUAACUUUUUAGCAUAGGUUUAAAAUUUUUCUAUCGAAUUUCUAAAUUUUGCAAUAUUACUUACUUACUUACGCCAUUCAACCAAAGUAGAAACUGCCCGGUGACAUUUUACGUUCUGAUGGUCCGAGCCAAAUGGCGUAAAAGUCGUAAAUUUUGUUUUAGAAAAUUUUUUCAUUUUCAAACAACCACAUUGUGAUAAAUAUUUAUUUUUUAAUUUUUAUAUAUUCGAGACGUUUAGCUCGCAUGAAGUAGUGUAAGUUCAUAUCAUGUAUUCUGUGACCAGUUCACGAAAUCAAACCGCCCGUUUCCGUUCGAUAUUUUGAUCUUUUUAUUAUUUUGUUUCGUUUCUUAUUUUCAAUGUUUUAUAUUUUCUAAAUUUUAAUAUUUACCUAUUUACUUUUAUUCGAGGCGAGGCGAAAAAUGUUACGAGUUGCCUGUCUCAUAUUUUCGUGAAUAAAUGUCACGAUGAUUUCAUCUUUAAAGUUUUAAUUACCUAAUGUAGUAUUUUAGAUGAAUAAUCAAAGUAUUUUAAUCUAGUGUGAUGGUAUUUUAAUUUUUGACGUACAUUCAUUGAAAAGAUUCAUUUUUCAAUUUGAAAAACAGAAAAAAAAUGCACGAAUGUCAAAAUAUUUUAAUCUUACUAACGAGAAGUUGAAAUUACCCCAAUAUUAUUAAAUCAGUUUUUUUUCGGUUUCACGUAUCACGUUAAUUUAUCAAAACUCGAUACCUGUAUAUUUAAUUAAUUUUCUCACUUCGUUUCCUUGGCGAAUGGUGCCGGUGUACGUAUUGUCUACGAUUCAUUUUCAUUUUCCCCGUCAUUUAAUUUACGUCCAUUUUCGUACUAUAUACGUAGGUAUUUUUCAUUUUCAUGAUUUUCUUAAAUAAUUUUUUUAAAUUAUAAGUAUAGGUAGUUUAAUUUCGUCUGUUUUCAUUGCCGGUGAAGAAUUCGAAUUCGAAUUUAUUCUAUUGUAGUUUAUCUGAAAAGUAGUCUGGAAUAAUUUGAAUUAUCGAAGUAAUCUUUCCAAUAAUAGAUUAGUUACCACGUACAAAUUAUUUUGAAGCAUAAAGUGAAUCAUAGAACACCAAGAAUUUAAUGGUUCAAUUUUUAAAUUUUGAUAUUUUUUACACUCGUCUUUUUUCAAAAUUUAUUUUAUAUAUAUUAUCGUGAAACGUGCGAAGUAGUGCAAUAAAUAAUGAGCUUAUUAGGAUGUAGAAUGAAAUCUUAAUUUUUUUUGUAUUUUAAUUUACUUACGUCUUAGAAACUGCGAUUUUUGAAAAAUAACCAAAUACUAUACAGAACUGUUGCUUUGUUUAACCCAAGCACCAAUUUUUUUCAGAUGUAAGAAUUAAGUCAUUAUUCAGUUCUCCAAACGCAUUUUCGUUCUAAUAAUGAUUAGUUGUAAUUAUCGCUUAAUUAGUGGCUUCAUAAAAAGCACCUGAUUUUGUUUGAACUUGUUGAAAAAUUUCAAAGAAUUCAUUUCCCCGGUGAUUUUUUGUUGCGUUUGAUGAGUUUUUGUUAAAAAAAAUCGCGAUGAAUAAGUAAAUCAACAACGAUUGUAUUCAGUUUUAGUAAUCGAUGAUCUCGAAUCGUUCGAUCAGUAACUUCUUAGUGAUCAGAGGAUGAAUUUUAAAGAGGGUACGGAGAUAGAAUUACGCGAGCUGUUCUAUUAUUAACAAAUGUGUUCAUAUCAAUAGAAAAAUUAAUUUUGCAUAAGCUUUUUUUAUUUUUUUUUUUCUUCGCAUCGAUGCAGUAAUUUUAACGUAUCAAUGUUGACAUAACGUACUUAGAAAUUUUAUGUAUGUAUUAUGAAUGAAUGAUGUACAGUUUUCGUGUGUUUUGAUUCACGUGUAGGUACAUUUAACGUUGUACUAGUACUUUUUACCGGAUACGUAUUGAAAAAUAAUUAUAGAUUUUGGUAGUUGAUCGUAAUAAGCUAUAAAAAAAAAUAAUAUUUAUAUUAAAAAAUGAAAAAAGAGAUAACAUAAUAGUUGAACACUAUUUAAUAGUCCGUCCCACUAUCUCCGAGCGUAUAUUGUCCAAUUUAAUAUUUAUUUUUUAAGUAAAUUCGUACAGGGUUUGUAUGUAUUUGUUUGUAUGUCGUGCUGAAAUUGCGGUAAAACUUGUGUGUGAAUUGAAGAACUUCUCUUUUUAUAGAAAGAGAGGUUUGGUGGUUUGAGAAACGUUCUGCCCAGAAUCUGUGUUACAACGUAAUUUAAAAUUUAAUUAUUUUUAUACAGCUCAUGUGAAUCUUAAGUUUGUUGAAAUUUACGAUAUGUUGGUAUUUAUUUAUUUAUUUAUUUAUUUUUUGUUCGAUAAAUAUGUAGUAAUAAUGUAAUAUUUUAUUAAGUACUGACGAAAUUUUAAUCGAGUGUUUUACCGAAUUUCACGUAACGAAAAUUAAUUUUAAUACGCAGUGCAGUUUUAAUACAUUAUAUGGAAUUUAUUAUUUUUGUCAACAGGUUUUGAUCACAGUUUGCUAAUAGCAUAUUAUUUACACCUUAUCUCGUUAAUUUUCGCAUGUAAUGCGAUUAUUAAUAUUUUUAAACGUAAAUGCAAUGAGAAUAAUUUGUAUUAGUUUUUACGUAUCAAUUAAAAUGAGUUAAUUUUUUGA